GUGUGGCUUCGGGACCCCACUCUGGGGCCUGGCCGCCCUUUCUCCGGGCCGGGGCCGGGUGGUCACUCCAGCGGGACUGCACAGGCUGUGUGGCCAUGCCUGGGGUCUGGGUCCUCCGCGCCUCGAUACUUGCCGCUAUUGCUGGGCCAUUGCUGGAUGGACAUAAAGCCAAAGUAACCGGCAGCAGCCCCGCCAAAGCAGAGCCAGGGGCUAAGAAUGUCACCAAAAGGUCAUCGGAGUGCUUGGAAGACCCAGCUCUUUGGGGUGAAUUGUGCUGUCUGCCCUGCCUCCCAGGCGAGCGGAAAGUCAGCGACUGCACAAGCUACAGGAACCGCUCGGGAUGCGAGCCUUGUCUAGCAGGGAAAGAGUACACGGAGCUGCGGCACCACGCCCUCCAGUGCAGAAAGUGCCGGACCUGCGACGGAGAGCACGGCCUGGAGGUGCAUAGGAGCUGUGUUCCGACACAAAACACCAAAUGCAGAUGCAAACCCAACUUUUUCUGCGACACUUCUGAUUGUGAACAUUGCACCCCUUGCAGCAGAUGUGAACACGGCAUUGCUGAGGACUGCACACCGACCAGCAACACUAAGUGCAAAGAAGGAUCCAGAGCUGGCUUAUGGGGUCUGCUGUUCCUCUUGGUCCCGAUUCCAAUAGUUGGACUAUUGUGGUGGAGAAAAAGACGGCGUCAGAGUAGUGAUUUCCAUGGUGUGUCUGUGCCCUCGGAUAUGGAAAUGUUACAACCAGAUACCACAAACCUUGACUUGAAUAAAUACAUUCCUACUAUUGCUGAGCAGAUGACCAUCACUGAAGUGAAGGACUUUGUUCGGAAGAAUGGCAUCAGUGAAACCAAGAUAGACGAGGUCAAGAAUGACCACGUCAAGGAAACAGCUGAGCAGAAAGUCCAGCUGCUUCGCAUUUGGUACCAGAGUCAUGGCAAGAAAGACGCGUACAACACCAUGAUGAAAAGUCUCCGUAAAAUCAACCGCGUACUUGCUGAGAGAAUCCAAGACAGGAUCCAGACGGAUACUGUGAAUGAACAAGAGAAUGCAAACUUCUGAACUGGAAAUGAAAGGCAUAGCGUGACCUAAGGCAAAAAAUAGUUCGCAAUAUACACAAUAGUAGAAAAGAAAAGGCUGUAUGGAUGAUUUUUUUACAUAGUUGUUUGCCUGUAAAUAUUUCAUGUUUAUUUUUUAGAUGUGGUUUUGUUGUUUAGUUUUUAAGUUUGUAAAACUGAUAUUGAUAUAUUAACAUGUUUCAAGGAUUUAAAAAUUCUGUAUCUGGAGAUGUUUAAAAUAUAAAGGAAAACAGACGUGUUAACCCAAAUAGGAUUGCACGCAAAGGAUAAAAUACUGGAACAUAUUGUCUUGUGUUGAACAUACAGUUCUAUAAAUAGAACUGUAAUUAGUCUAUGUCAGCACAAAAAAUAUUCUAACUAAAAGCUGACCUUCCACAAAGCAGUACUUGAUAUUUGACUGUAAUUAUUAUAAAGUUCACUUGAAAUUCUGAGCGAAACAUUCAGGAAAAGACUGACCUGUGCUUCCGAAUGUAGUUCCUCAGGGCUCUACCUCAGAAAUCCCAGAACAAAUCAGCGGCAUUUUAUUAUCAAACAUUUCAGCUUCGAAUUCACACUGGAAAUGCUGUUGACAUGUCCAUGCUUGGAUAUUUUAUUUUGUAUGCCAUCUUACUGAGUGAGAAAGCCAUCUGCCUUCUUGGGGACUGAACCCUUGACCAGGAAAGGACCCCUUUCUCUCUCUCUCUCUCUCUCUCCCUCUCCCUCUCUCUCUCCCUCUCUCUCCCCCCUCUCUCUCCCUCUCUCUCUCCUUCUCUCUCCCUCUCUUUCUCCCUCUCUCUCUCCCUCCCUCUCUCUCUCCUUCCCUCUCUCUCCCUCUCUCUCUCCCUCUCUCUCCCUCCCUCUCUCUCCCUCUCUCCCCCUCUCUUUCUCCCUCUCUCUCUCCCUCUCCCUCCCUCUCUUUCCCUCCCUCUCUUCCUCCCUCCCUCUCUUCCUCCCUCCCUCCCUCUCUCUCUCCCUCCCUCUCUCUCCCUCCCUCUCUCUCUCUCUCUUUCUCCCUCUCUCUCUCCCUCCCUCUCUCUCUCUCUCUUUCUCCCUCUCUCUCUCCCUCCCUCUCUCUCCCUCCCUGUCUCUCUCUCUCUUUCUCCCUCUCCCUCCCUCUCCCUCCCUCCCUUCCUCCCCCCCCCUCUCUCUCUCUCUCUCUCUUUCUUUCUCUCUUGUUAAAAUGCUGCUGAAACAAAGGGGAACUGGCCACAGGCUUGAACAGGCACUCUAGUUACUGCUGAGUCUCCUUCGACAGACCAGUGCCUCUUUUCACUGUUAUUUCUUUAUUUUUACAUUUAAACACUUGUGAAAAUGUGUAUGAAAAUGUGAGUUAUAAGAUACACUAUUUAUAUUUAUAUAGUUAUAAGUUAAAGUUAGUUGUAAGCCAAAGUCUAUACCUAAAGCAACUAUUAAAAAAAAAAAAAAACACGGAAAGAUGGUAUUUUUCCCUGUAUGUUUCUGCACAGAAUAUUUUAUUAAAAACACAGUUUUGUUA